AUGUCACUUUGGGCCCGUGUGAGUCAGCUUCCCGCCGGUAUUCUCGAGGAAAUUCGCUCCAUGUAUACGCAUGAUUUUCCCAUCGAACUGUACUCCAAGAUAGUCUUCUGUCUAGAACGUGAACAACAAUAUGUGUCCUACCCGUUCGGAUGUAUCCUGUGCGUCGGAAAUCCUGAGCUCCACAAAGUGUGCACUGCGAUCAAAGAGCUGCAGAACAUGCAGCACCAAAUCGAGAAUGACACCAGUAACUUCAUGAGGAAAUUUGGCCUACUACCAUCGGACACAUAUGCGCUGCCGAAUGUUUUGUACCUGAGUAUGGACACGACUACGAAUGGGCAGGAGCUCGCUAGUCCGGGAAUACUUGCGCAUACUCAAUACAAGAUAGUUGGAAGCCAACAUGUACCCCACAUGUUGGCUCUAGUGGAUGGCUUCCGCAAAAUAGUCUCAUUGUCGGGUGAUGUGCAAGCCAAAGUGUUGAACGAGUACCUUCUUAAAUGGAAAACGAAUAAGCUGUUGCACCUAAAUGAAGCAUGUGCCGACAGAGAGUGCGAUCUCGGCGUCAUACAGGGUUGGUGCGAGGCUUUAGCAAAGGUCUUGUUGACCACUAUUGGUCAAAUUGAGUUUGCCAUUGAAAAUGUGGCAAAACAAUCCAUGGUGUAUGAUGUAUCAGGCAUGCUGGCCCAAGCGCUAGAUGAUGCAAAACGCUUGAUUAAAACGCUAAUCAUCGAAACUUUUAUAAUUGAGAAACAACCACCACAGAUGAUAAAAACCAGAAACAGUUUUGCCGCUAGUGCCUGCUUACUAGUAGGUAAUGCACUCGAUAUCCAAACAAUGAAUCCGCAGGUGAAAGCAUCGAUCAUUUCUUGCACCCAACUUCACCGAGCGCUGGAAAUAGAUCAACCACCAGAGCAACCAUGUGGACCACACUUCAAGGAACACGAACAGCGUCGCAUCAAGGAUCCGUAUGGUGCUUGA